CGAUCGAGUAUGCUAAAAGCAUUGAGCAAGACCACCCGGUUCCACAGUUCCACCGGCGCCCACACCGACCACCUUUGGAACAAUGCCAGGUCUCUACUUGUGGAUGGCGGGUGUUUUACCUAAAGACCGGCUAUGGGAAACUACAAUAGCAAUGUGGGUCUGUUGUGGAACUGUGGUUUGCGAGGUGUUCAUUUAAAUAGGGACCUGACGGUUGGCGAACGGUAGACUUGUUUCUUCCUUCAAAUCUCCAUCUCCAACAUCUCAAACUCAUUCGUGUUAACAUGCAGACAUUCAACUCAAACGUUGAUUCAUCAUUGGUCUCAGCUACCACUGAUGGGUCACAGGAAUCCUUUGGAUUUGAUUACAGGCAAGGACUUGGGCCUUCAAACCGUCAGGAACGGUGUUAGCUAUUGUCCGCCGCAACUCGGCGAAGAGAAUGCCGUCAUCAUUCAGUCCAACACUUCUUGCAGAAGCCUUUCAUCGCCUAUUUCGCGCUUGCCGACUGAAAUUCUUUCCGAAAUCUUCCUUUACUGUUUGCCCGAAGACGAGCACUUGGUCUAUGCAUCGAGACAGGCUCCCAUGCUAUUGACCAGGAUAUGUCGCCGAUGGAGGGAGGUUGCUGUGGGCUUUCCUAAGUUAUGGUGCAGGCUCCAAGUGGAGUUCUGGUACGAAGGCUGGCAGGAGAGAACUAUCCGUGACUGGGAGACAAGAGCUUUCGGCUACGACUCCUGGCUCAAGCGAUCAGGAGGACGUCCAGUCUCGUUAAGACUUGAGUGCGGCACUGACUGGAGCAAGCUACAAAGCCUGCUCCAGCCAUACGCUCAGCAAGUCUCGUCUCUCUUACUUGGCUUUAUAUCCUGCGACGGUCCCUUCAUGAUGGAAGACUUUCACGCGCUCAAGGAGCUCACUAUACGCCAAUACAUUUGUAAUGAUCCUGCGCGAGCUGUUAAUUGCUCUCUCUCAAAAUUGCCGCUUAAUCUGCGCAGGAUUAACGUGGAGAAUGUGUGGUUCAACCGCAACCGAUUAAAUGCCUUCGCUGAUUCCGCGUUGGCCCGUCUCACACAUCUGGAGAUCAACGUAGAUGGACGACACGCAUGCACCCACAUACUCCGUCUAUGCCCUAAUCUCUCUUCGCUGAAGAUGACCGGAUUAUUCCACCCGAGUCAGACUGCAGAACCAGUCACUCACACCAACCUUCAAUCCUUACACCUGUCUUGGACCGUACUUCGGAACUUUGGCGGGGAUCCUGGCCUAUUCAAUGUUAUCACACUCCCGAACCUGCGCGUGCUUGAAGUUAGCGUUAGGGGGGUGUGGCCACAUGAAUCGUUCAUGGAAUUCUUGACGCGGUCAAAAUGUCCCCUGGAGAGGCUGGUUUUCCACAGUACAGUGUGGGCAACAGAAGAGCAACAAGCAGAAUACGCUACCCUUAUUCCUUCUUUCGAGAUUCUUGCAGAAGAUUCGACAGGCGUUUUUUCGUAUGUUUAAAUAGAUGUUGGCUACCUAUUUCGUAAAAUGAUGACAGUUGAUGUACUAUGUAGUUUACCAGCUCUUU